AUGUCUCUGCCAUGUGUGCGUCUCGUCACUCUCGCACUCCUCAUCGCGCUUUGUCACUUGUCCGACGGGCAGAAUGAGACGAGUACACUCGUCGCCGGUCUUCUGGAUCCGGCCGUCGUCGCAGCCGACAAUUCGACGACGACGGUAAAUAUUGUAAAGCACACGAAACCGCGCACACACUCUCUUUUUCAGCCGACUCCUACCAACAACACAAGUGCGCUGCUCAAAAUCCCGACAAUCUUCGGAAUGCGUGUCGAACUGCCGGCCGACGAUCCGUUCGGUUACGAGUGAGUUUUACUACUAAACAAAAAAAUUCCCUCGGCGCAAUUCACGUGCGCUAAACAAGGCGCGUAACGCGUGCGUAAUUCCGGAGCGUCGUUGUAGAGUUUCUCCAUUUCAAUUUUCCCAUUUUUUUGCAUUAUCCCCAUCUUUUCAUAACCGAUCAGUGUCAAAACUUAUGAUAAUGAUUAGAAAUGAAUAAAAAAUGAAAUUUUAACUGCUUCGUCAUCAAUUUCGAAACGUUUUAUGUGAAAAUUACAGAAUUUUUUCCCUUUGAAAUCGAAAAUUUGCCUCAAUUAUCUCAAUUCUGUAUAUUUUUCGACGGUUGAGCGCUUAAAAGAUGCGCAAUAAAGAAUGCCAGUGUCCGAACUCGAUUUUCGGCAAAUAAUCGUUAAAACUCCGUUUUUUUCAGUAGUUUUCGACAAAAUCCCUCAAUUUGGUCAAUUCUGAACGAAUCUGCUCCGUUUCGCGCUUAAAUCGAUGCUUUUAACUCGCAAAGAACAAAAUUUGAGUGUUUAUUAAGAGAAAAACGAACGAAUUCUGGUUUUCAAUUGAAAAAAGAGACUCCGAGUCGACGGUGGAUGCAAGCGCGCCCCAUUGACAACUCGUGGUGAUUUUCAGCAAGCACGGCGUCUGCUCGGUGGCGCCAGAAGAAGAGUUCAAAGUGGUAAUCUAUGGAAACCAUUUGGACAAAAUCCAUCAAAUCAUCUGGACGUUCACGAACAAUUGCUCCGAGCCGGCGUACGUCGUCGACGCGCUCAACCACUUCAAAGUGCACUUCAAUCACAAGGCAUUUUCCGGUUUUUCUCUCAUAGACUCGACGAUUUUUUUCAGGCGACGUUCCAUUUGACGCUAAAGUUGCUUCCCGAGAUGGUACACGCGUACAAGAUGUGUGUGAAACCGAAGAUUGCUCCGGGAGCGCCGCCGUUGGGCGAGAUUUAUCCGGUUAGUACCCAGGCGUUCUAUUUUGCGUACCGGGCAUCGAAUCCUACGCCGCUUUUUGCAGCUCGACGACAUCUCGACGUGGCUGACGACGGAACGUCCGCCGAAAGAGUACUUCCUCCCGUUGCCCCUCCAGAUCGCCUGCAUCGGUUUCCUUCUCUGCCUCUCCGCCCUCUUCUCCGGUCUGACGCUCGGUUUGAUGUCGCUGACUCCUCAAGAGUUGGAGCUCGUCAUCAAGUCCGGCUCGAUCAAAGAGCAAAAGUGCGCGGCGAAGAUUUUGCCGAUUCGUCGAAAGGGAAACCUUUUGCUGUGCUCGCUUCUGCUCGGCAACGUCAUCGUCAACUCGGCCAUCUCGAUUUUGAUGGGCGAACUGACGACGGGAAUCUAUGCUCUCAUCGGCUCCACGUUCGGCAUCGUCAUCUUCGGCGAGAUUCUGCCGCAGAGUAUUUGUGUGAAGUGAGUUGGCAUCUGAUCUUACAAUCUUUCCACACCUUACAACAUUUCGUUUUGCAGAAAAGGUCUGGAAGUGGGAGCUCACACGAUCUCAAUCACCCAACUCUUCAUCAUGCUCACAUUCCCCAUCGCCUGGCCCAUUUCGAAGCUUCUCGAUUGUUUGCUCGGAGAUGAAUAUGUAAGUUAACGGUCGUUACAGUACUCUGUGUAAAAAGACAAUUUUUAGCAAGCAUACGAUCGGAAGCGACUGAUGGAGCUCAUCAAAAUGUCGAUAACCGACAACGGACAAGUGUCGAAUGAGCUCAAAAUCGCGGUUGGAGCGAUGGAAAUUGCGGACAAGGUGGUGAAGGAUGUGAUGACAAAGAUCGAGGACGUGUUCAUGCUGCCCGACACAACCGUCCUCAACGCGAAGACGGUCAUGGAGAUUGUGAAGAUGGGCUACACACGAAUACCCGUUUAUCAGUACGGCGAGAAGAACAACGUGACGGACAUGCUGUUCGUCAAGGAUCUCGCGCUCCUCGAUCCCGACGACAAUUUCACGGUGAAGACGGUGUGCGGAUAUCACAAGCAUCCGGUGAAGUUUGUGAUGAACGACACGCCGCUGCCGCAUCUGUUGGAGGCGUUCAAGAAGGGCGAGGGCCACUUGGCGAUGGUCAAACGGCUCAUCAACACCGACGACGGACACGAUCCGAGUUACGAGCUCGUCGGCGUCAUCACGCUCGAGGAUAUUGUCGAGGAGAUUCUACAGGUGAGCAGUUUCACACUUUGUCAGUCGUCGUCCUUUUUGGAUGCAUCUUACAAGGCCGUCGCGACCGUCUCCACAGCUGACAAUAUGGGCGUGGCCUCGGCCAAAUAGCGUUUUCUCUGAAUUUUGUGAUCAACGGCGAUGAAAAAUGAUUUUUCGACAUGAAAACACACUAAUUCCCACAGAAUUAAUGACGUUUUGGCGCAUUUUUCGAAAAAUAAUUUUCCUAAAAACCGCACUUCUCAUUUUGCGCUUUCUUGAUCGUUUUCCGACAGAAUUAGUUUUGAGAAUGAUAAAUCACGUAAAUACAAGCAUUUUGAGCGCUCGAACCGCGAAAAUCAACGAAAAGCAACUGAAAUUCACGCAGUUUUAGCGAAAAACCUUCAAACUUGACCAAAUUUAACGCUAUUGCGCUUAAAAAAUUCGUAAUAGCCUAUACAAUCGGUUUAUCGAGAGAAAAAUAAGAAAUUAUCGAUUUUUUGUGACAAAUCUGGCAAAAAACACUGAUUUUAGCCAAAAACCUUCAAACUUGACCAAAUUUGACGCUCUUGCGCUUAAAAAAUUCGUAAUAGCUUAUACAAUCGGUCUAUCGAGAGACAAAUGAGAAAUUAUCGGUUUUUCGUGGCUAAUCUGGCAAAAAACACUGAUUUUAGCCAAAAACAUUCAAACUUGACCAAAUUUAACGCUCUUGCGCUUAAAAAAUUCGUAAUAGCCUAUACAAUCGGUUUAUCAAGAGAAAAAUGAGAAAUUAUCGGUUUUUCGUGGCUAAUCUGGCAAAAAACACAAAUUUUGCUGCUAGAAUUUGAAUUUCGCGCCAAUGUAUCGCUCUAUUGGGCGGCUGAGGGCCCCAAAAGAGGCCAACUUUGAGUUCUUGACUGGAAGAAAUGUGUUUCAGGCAGAAAUCAACGACGAAUUCGAUAUUGUCAGCGACAACGUGAACAAGGUGAAGAUCAAGAAGGAGCAGAAUCGAGACGCGACCAAGUAUUUUGGCGAUCACGAGGCCCCGGAGACUAUGAUUUCUAUGCAGGUAGGGUAGAAACGGUUUGAGACCUCUGAAACCUCUAAUUUCCAGCUCCAAAUGGUCGCUCUCCAGUGGUUGGUUUCGAACGAACGAGCAUUCCGAUCGGAAUUCCUCGACACCAACGUGCUCGAGCGGCUGAUCCGCAGCAGUGCCCGCCGCGUCGACGUCUCCGCGCUGAUGGCGCUCGGUGACGAUGCGAUCAACGUGCCGCGUCUGGCGAAGAUCUACACGAAAGACGAGCCGUCCGACAAGUACAUUCUGAUUCUCGAGGGCCGCAUUCAGGUGACGAUCGGACAGAGCGGCAUGAUGUUCGAGGCGGGGCCGUGGCAUCAUUUCGGCGGCGAGAUCAUGUCGAUGAUGGUGGAAGGGGCGGCGACGCUCGGACGGAGCAUGAGCAUUUUGGGCACUUCGGAUCUGUCCGUCAGACGGCCUGAUCUCAUGUUCAGGCCUGACUACUCGGCAGUGGUUAAGGACGAUUGCACUUAUUUGGAGAUCUCGGUGGCUGCUUUUAUCAACGCCUACAAGGCGUCGUUGAUGCAGAGGGAGAAGCCUUUGUGAGUUUUGAUUACUAUGAAGCUGUAUGUAGAGAUAGCAAAAAGUUGUCAACUAAGAAAUUGUUCAUUAAGAAAUUCUGUACAUUUUAUUAGUUGAGAACUUUUUGAUAUCUAUUUCCGCAACUGAGAUAUAUCAUCUUAAACGGCGGAUGCACCAUGAUCAGCUAUACUUAUUUAGUUAUAUCUCGCCUGUCGCUAGAGAUAUCAAAAAGUUGUCAACUAACAAAUUGUUCGUUAAGAAAUUCUGUACAUUUUAUUAGUUGAAAACUUUUUGAUACCACCCCCUGCAGCUGAGUUAUAUCGUUUAGAGCACCGAAGCACCAUAACCAACUAUAAUCGAUUUCCAGAACCGACGCCUCGGAUGCGUCUCGUCACACGUCGAUGCACAAUUCGAAUCUCUCGUUGGCCGGCGAAAUGACGGGUCCGAUCAAGGAUCCGGCGGCGAUGCUCGUGCCGGAAGGCGUCCGAAAACCGUCGAUCGCCUCGGCGGAUCUUCUGAAGGCGCUCAACGCGAUCGGACAGAACAACGUGGCGCCGGUGGCCGAGGAGGAAGAAAUGGCGCUGCUCGAAAAGACGUGA